AGCCCGCGGGCGGGCGGUCCGGGCCGGGCGGUGGUGCCGGGGCUCCGGAGCGGCCGCGAUGCCGCUGUUCGCCCCCAACCCCUUCGAGCAGGACGUGGAGAAAGCUACCAAUGAAUACAACACCAGCGAGGACUGGGGGCUCAUCAUGGAUAUUUGUGACAAAGUGGGGAGCACUCCCAACGGAGCAAAGGAUUGCCUUAAAGCCAUCAUGAAGAGGGUAAACCAUAAAGUUCCCCACGUGGCUUUGCAAGCACUUACACUUUUGGGAGCCUGUGUCUCAAACUGUGGGAAGAUAUUCCACCUGGAAGUGUGCUCUCGGGAUUUUGCCACCGAGGCUCGAGCAAUAAUAAAUAAGGCUCAUCCCAAAGUGUGUGAGAAGCUCAAAACCCUCAUGGUGGAGUGGUCAGAGGAAUUUCAGAAAGACCCCCAGUGCAGCUUGAUAUCUGCAACUAUCAAAUCUCUAAAAGAAGAAGGGGUCACUUUCCCUGCAGCUGGAUCACAGGCUUCCACCAACGCUGCUAAGAAUGGUUCAUCAGCCAGCAAAACCAAAGAAGAUGAAGAUAUAGCUAAAGCCAUCGAGUUGUCGUUGCAAGAGCAGAAGCAGCAGCAGAUGGAGACCAAAGCCUUGUACCCCAGUGCAGAAACCCCCCCAAACACCCAGAGCCUGAGGAAGGUGCGAGCCCUGUAUGACUUUGAGGCUGUGGAGGACAAUGAGCUCACCUUUAAGAGUGGAGAGAUCAUUUUUGUUUUGGAUGACAGUGACGCCAACUGGUGGAAAGGUGAGAACCACAGAGGAGUGGGGCUGUUCCCAUCCAAUUUUGUGACCUCUGACCUGACUGUGGAACCCGAGGCAGCAGCUGUGGAUAAAACCUCUGCUCCCGAGGAUAGUGCAGAAGAAAUUAAGAAAGCAGAGCCUGAGCCAGUUUAUAUAGAUGAGGAUAAGAUGGAUAAAACACUGCAGGUGCUCCAGAGCAUAGAUCCUACAGAUUUAAAGCUUGAUUCUCCAGAUCUUCUCGACUCAGAAGAUAUCUGCCAGCAGAUGGGCCCAAUGAUAGAUGAAAAACUAGAAGAGAUAGACAGGAAACAUUCCGAGCUGUCGGAGCUGAACGUGAAGGUUCUGGAAGCUCUGGAGCUCUACAACAAGCUGAUGAAUGAGAGCCCCAUGUACUCAGCCUACUCCAAACUGCACCACCCUGCACAGUUCCCACCCACGUCCUCGGGGGUCUCCGUGCAGUCAUAUCCCGUGCAGCCUCCCAGUGGGAAUUACAUGAUCCAGGGGGUCCAGCAGGUCUCCAUGUCCCCAGGGUACAGCCUGGCACCCCAAAGCCUCAAUUCCUCUGGAGCCACUCAGCCACCUCAAGCUGCUUAUAUAAGCCCCGGCCCCGACCCUGCUGUGCCUCAGCCCUUCCCGAGCGCCGGCACGGCCGCCUUCCCCCCGCCCCCGAUGGGAAUGCCCGUGGACAUGGCAGCCUUCCAGAGCACCACGGCCACCCUGCCUCAAGGACCAGCUUACCCCGUGGCAGUGCCCGCUCCCUCCCUGCUCCAGCAGCAAACAAAUUACCAUCAGCAGCCUCUGCUUUAAAACAACCAGCUCCUAUUCCUGAGUCAGGGAAUGACCGCCCGACCCAACGAUCUUUCUGAAGCCCUGCCGUGGAUAUCCAAGUACAUCUUCCUUUUCCGAUAACCCAGCUCGCUGCAGAGUGAAAAACAGGCACCAGCUCUGAUGGUGAUUUGCAUAUUUGCAUCUUGAACUAGAUUAGGGGAUGGUUUAAAAUAAUUCCAGAUUCCUUUGAGCCCUUUUUUUUCUUCCUGCGCUUUCAGGAAACGCCACUUGUGAAUCUUUGAAAGAUGGUCCCAAAAUAAUUGCCUUUUAAAGUCGUUUCUGGGGACUGGAGGAAGCUGAGACGUCGCUCAGUGUUGCUUUUUGCCUCCUCUGGUGUCUCCUGUAAUCCUUCUGUCCCGGGGGCUUUAGGGAAUCUCUGCAGUUUGGAGACCUGGAAUGGGAGCGAUCCCCGAGUCCAGCUGGAAGAGGGUUUGGUGUGGUGACAGUGAGGACCAUCAUCCCGUGGGAACAGGAGGUUUUUACAGGGAUAUUUUGGAAAAAUCCAGGCAACUGGAGUGUUCUUCUUGAAGGAAACAAGUUUUACCAGAAUUCCCUUGUCUUUUGGCAGAGGUGGCACUGCAAGCACAAGUGUCCUUGGGAAGAGCUGGCAGGGGAUGCUCCCAGCUGGAUCCAAGGUGCUGAGCCAGGAACUUGCACAGAAUCCCUUUUUCUUUUCUUUUUUUGGACGUGUUUAGAAGUGAAGGAGCGUUGUGAUUCCUUGUGGGAAAGGAGGGGGGCUCGAGGAUGUUUGGAGCUCCUUAGGACUGCGAGGAUCUGCCUUGUUCCCCUUCCAAGGAGGAGCUGAGUGGAACGGGAAUCGCCUUGAUGGGACCAGGGGGUUCUUCCUCUCUUGGAUUUCCUUUCUCUGCCACCGUGUCCGUGUCCAAAUAACCAUGGAUCACAGAGGAACUUUGGGAAGGGUGGAUUUAAGGCCAAAUCCACGUGCUGGUGGGUGGGAAUGGUCCCCCCCACACAAGGAGUGGGAAACAACAGCCACAUCCUGGAGCUGGGAAGUGAGGCUGAGAAAAGAAAUCCAAGGAUUUCUUCCCUGAUGCACUUUUUAAAGGGGUGGGGUUUGCACGAGGGAGCAGAUGAGCUGGAUUAUCUUUAUCCAUAUCCUGGGAAUGUGGGAUUUCUUUCUUUUUCUGUUUCAACGCUGAAAAAAAUCACUUUAUUCUCUUCCCUCCUCACUGUAGCAAGGUCACAUUUAUACCUGCUCUAACACCCUCUGGGGAGUCAUAACCCUUAGACUGGGGAAAUAAGGGAAGCAAUUCACUGAUGAAAACAUCUGGAUUAAACCCAUGGAGCUCCCAGAUGUCUCCAGAAGCAUUUUUGGUGUCUGAGUUUUGUCCCCUGAUUGGAAGUCCCGGAUUCUGGGCUGUGGAGUGACCAAACCACCCCCCCUUCACUCAGCACCUCCUCCACUGGUUUCACCUUUUAUUUAAUGAUCAUGACCCUCUGUUCACCUGCAGCCUCGUGCUCAUGCAAUAAGGUGUUGAGAACCUGCUCUUCAAAUCACUUUUUUUGUUCAAAUCGGUGCAAUCGGGGAGGGAGAAUUUCUGUCUUUCCUUUGGACAGGCCUUUAAUUUGUCCUGAUCCUUCCCCUGGGAGCUGCUCAGCACAAACAGCACCCGUGGCAAUACUGAAGUGUUUUGAUAACUUUGUUCCUUGUGUCUUUUAAGGAGGUGGAUUGAUUUCAAUGCUGCUCUUCCAAAUUCUUGUCGUUUUGGAGCUUUUGUUGUAAGAGUUGACUUCGUUCCGAGUUGGUUUGUGGUCGAAUUAAACCUCGCUGUCGUCGGUGUAAAUCCCCCACGCUGGUUGGGAAUUUGGGAUUGCUGUUUUCUCCAAGCUUUGGCCCCAGAGAAAUCUCGAGUGGAGCCAGCCAGACGUGAUUUGAUUAUGUUCAGUUCAUUGUUAACUAUAAAUAAUGUAUAUACUCAUUUGUCUGAGGUUUUCUACGCAGCUCCACACGCGCCUGGACUUUUCUAAAAGCAGGAUUUGUCCUCCUCUCAUCUCUUCUCUUCCUAACUCUGCGAUAUGCAACUUGUAGAUAGUGUAAAAUAAUUUAAUUAUUAAUUAAACCAGUGUAUUUAGAGGGGGGGUGCUGUUUCUCUUCACACUUGUAGACACGAUCAUAUUUAUUUUUGAGGCCUGAUUGUAACAGAACACGCUGCCAAAGGAUUUCUCUAACUCCAGAUUUCUACCUGAGGUUUGUACCUGCUGUUUUCUAUCAGGAAUUCCCAGUGGAGAACUCCUGCUUUUUCAUAGCAACCCUUAACACAGGAAGCCCGGGCGACUUUGUAACGAGAACUCUGUUGGGAUACGUUUGUUCCGUGGGUGUUCAGUACCAGUAAUAGAUCCAUUUCCUCCUGCUGUGAGUUGGUGACCUGUUCUUGUCUGUUAAACUCGGCCUUGCCACCCCACCCAGGGUGGGCCGAGGGGUUGUGCUGUCACCUGACCGUGACCAAGGCUUCGUCUGUUCAAUUGGCUGCAGAAAUGACGUUAAAAAUCAGAUUGUUUAAACCUUCCAAA